AAACUGUUUCGACGCACAAUAUGGCCGAGGGAGCCGCUGCCACAACCGAUAUGCCCCUGCAAUCAACGCCCAUCAUCGGCGGACGGUGCGAAGGCGGGCCCCUUGCACGCGCGUUCUCCGACAGCUUCUGGGCGAACCCCGUGCUACGCGUGCAGGUACGUAGCGCGUACUUUUCGCCGUCUGACAACGACGAAGACCCGGUCCCGCUCUCGCCGAUCCUGGCGGCGACCAACGUGACGGCGAGCAGCGGACCCAUCUGCCGCAUUUGCCACGAGGGCGACCACAGUCUUCCGCUGCUGUCGCUCUGCCUGUGUUCGGGCACAAUGGGUCUGGUGCAUUUGCUCUGCCUCGAGCACUGGCUCAGCACCAGCGGUAGCGAGACCUGCGAAAUAUGCCACUACCGCUUCAACGUUGAGCGUCGGCCCCGGCAAUUCUGUGAAUGGGUGAACAGUGUCAGCGUGCGCCGCGCCUUCUUCGGGGACCUGCUGUGCUUCGGCCUGCUCUCGCCCUUGGCUUUCCUCUGCGGCGUGCUCUGCCUGCACGGCGCUGCGCACCAGGUUCUACAGCGACGGCUAUGGGAACCUAUCGGCCUCGCUGUGCUCGCUUUCAUGCUUUUCACAGUGUACAGCGCCUGGACUGUGCUCACUUUCCGCUACCACUACCGCAGCUGGAGGAAGUGGCGUGUGGCUAAUCCAUACAUCAAGGUGGUAGACACGCCCCGUGAUCCGUACCUCACUGUCGAACCUGACUGCAAGGGGUCUAAACCGCAGGACGGCAGAGGCAACGCCGUCAUCCCUACCGCCCGCAUGCUGCCACACACAGGCAGGAGCACCUUGACCUCUGGUCUCGAUUCAUCGUUGGAGCUUUGCUCACCGAACACCGUGGCUUCCGGCAGCACUGUGUGGGAGUACCGCACUACACGCCUUUGACAUGCUGUUUUUUAAUGUAAACUUUUACCAUUUUUAUUUUGAUCACUUAUUUUUAUUGUUAUCACUGGUGCAUGACCAACGCACGUGUGGAAAGAAGCGUUUGUUCAAUGUAAGAAAUCAAGGUACCUCGGAACAGUGCCGUUUUGGAACGGCUCAUUUGUUACAAAAAUACGCAAGACGCCCGUGGCAUUUUCCAGGCGCUUUCUUUUCUAAUUCAGUUUUGUUUUUGUUCCUUUUUUUCUGACUGUCAACUGCACAGCAGCACUAAGGAUGAGGAGGAACACGAGACUGCGCCCCUCUAUCGUUUUUUUUCGCAGGUGUUCUUCAUACCGGGUCGAAUACCGGGUCAUAUCGCCUUGGUCGAAAUAGGCUACCUGGGACCGUAUUCCUCAGAAAGCAGGAACACUAUUUAAAAAAUGGGGCCCCACUGCUUUUUUUCCUUAAGCAAAUGGCACGCAUGGUAGCACAGUUGCCGGUAAUUACCCGACACUGUUUAACACCUCUGCGACACUUGCUCAGCUUCGUGAAUAAAAACACAUUGCUGACAA